AUGUAUCUGGCCUCUUCUCCACAAUAUGAAGAGACGAAUGAUGAGGCCGAUUUAGACUUUUUGAGCGUUUCUCUGAACCAAAGCAGUGAAGACUCAGAAAAAUGGAUGAACCUCAAAUCAGGAGGUAAUGAAGGUUAUGAAGACAGCUCAGAGUUGGGGCUAGAUUAUCAGAGUCCUUCAAGACUCAGUCCAAUGCCACCUUCACAAAAUCCUUUAGUAUUGUUGGUAGAUGAGAUUCAGUCGGACUUAAGUGCUGAGUCCAUGUUUGAAAGUAAUUUGCCAUCUCACGCUUACAAAUCUGCACCUAAAGCCAAAUCUCCAGUGAAAUCAAAAGCAUCAAAGAAGUUUCGGGAUGAUCUGGAGAAAUGGGAAAGGGACGAGGAGAAAUGCCUGGAGGCCGAAAGCAAAGACAGACUUUUGUCUCUGAGUCAGUCGCUGUUGGAAAAAAGCCAAGCAGAAGAGAAAAGAAUGAAGGAAGAAUCGGCAAAACAAUUAAAAGAACUUCAAGAGACCCUCAAAACCGAUCGCAAACGGCAAGAGGAUGAAAUACGGCAAGAAAAUGAGGCUAUACUUGAGAGGCUGAAAUCUGAAUUGAAAGAUGAACAGGCCAAAACUGUCCAGAAACUCAAGGCUCGUAAUAGGAAAAGAUUGGAGCAACUGCAGGCUGAGUUAGAGGUGGAGUUGACCGAAGAGAAAGAAAAGUUGCAGAAAAUGAAAGCCAAAAGACAGGACUCGUUAAUGCAAGAAAGCAGAGAGCAUGACUUUCACAGAGACACCACAAAGUCUUUUAGAUUUGUACGUCAGGAAGUGGAGCAGGAGCAGAAACGUACAUUGGAACGGAUGAGCGAAGAUCAUGAGAAAGAGAUCAGAAUAAUCAGGGAGAAACACUCUGAGGACAAGAUUCUUCUGAAGGAGCAGCUUCUUUCUCGCUUCAACCAAGAGAAGGAGCAGCGAGAGGAGUGUCUAGCACUCAGUCUGCAGAAACUGGACUUUGAGCACGAGGCAGAAGUUCUGAAAAGGAAACGGGAAAAUUCAGACAAAAUGUUGGAGCUGAAGACGCUGUCAAGUGAGCUGGAAGUGAGACGUGACCAACUGGAGAGCCAAGAAGCCGCGCUCAAGACUAGAGCGGAGAGAUUGACUAAAAGAAUGAGUUAUUUAGAAGGAGAAGACAAGGCAGAAGAGAGAAAUAUGAAGUCUCCUCCAAGUCAAGUGUGUAAGGAGGAGGCGAAAAGAGACCAGGAGGAGAAACGUCAGCUGUACGUAUCAGGCUGUCAAUGUGACGUUUCCUUAGACCUGCUGAAGAAGAGCAACGACGAGCUGAGAACUUGUCACCAGGAGAGAGAGAACCUGGUGACGAAGCUGGACCAGCUGCAGAGACAGCACAACACGCUGAGCACCAGAAUGAAUGAGUUUGAAACGAGUUCCUCAAGAUCGGACGUAAAAAGCUCUAAAAUGUUCAAUGAAGAGCCUUCUUAUAAGGGGGACUGGAGAUCUGGGUCACCUCCUGGAUCCAGCAAUGUGGACGUCGAGCACAGAGCCAGACGCUUCCUAAAGUUGGAAGCAGACAGACUGGAGGACUUGAGGAGAAGAGAGUCUGAAUCACCAAGUUCAAGGUUUUUGUCCUCUUGGGGUAAAUACAGGACAGAGUAUGCACACAACAGUAUGGUGGAUCUCAAUAACAGAGGGUACCGCUAUUAA